UUUUCCCAAACAAAGCUCCCCGCAACUUUCUCCCUCGCCGCGCCCCGCCCGCCCGCGGCUCCCCAGCCCUGGCCGGGAGGCCCAGAUGGGGGAACCCCGGGCUGGGGCCCCCCUGGACGAAGGCAGCGGCUGGACAGGAAGUGAGGAAGGAAGUGAGGAGGGCACCGGCGGCAGCGAGGGGGCUGGGGGCGAUGGGGGCCCGGAUGCGGAGGGUGUCUGGAGUCCCGACAUCGAGCAGAGCUUCCAGGAGGCCUUGGCCAUCUACCCGCCAUGUGGCCGGCGGAAAAUCAUCCUGUCGGAUGAAGGCAAGAUGUAUGGUCGGAAUGAACUGAUCGCCCGCUACAUCAAGCUGAGAACCGGGAAGACCCGAACUCGCAAACAGGUCUCUAGUCACAUCCAGGUUUUGGCCCGAAGGAAAUCGAGGGAAAUCCAGUCCAAGCUCAAGGACCAGGUUUCCAAAGACAAGGCUUUCCAGACCAUGGCCACCAUGUCCUCGGCCCAGCUCAUCUCGGCACCUUCCCUGCAGGCCAAACUGGGUCCCACUGGUCCUCAGGCCUCUGAGCUCUUCCAAUUUUGGUCUGGGGGCUCUGGAUCCCCAUGGAAUGUUCCAGAUGUGAAGCCAUUCUCACAGACACCAUUCUCCUUGUCACUGACUCCCCCAUCUACUGACCUCCCAGGGUACGAGCCCCCCCAAGCCCUCUCUCCUCCAGCCCUGCCCCCGCCUGCCCCAUCACCCCCGGCCUGGCAGGCUCGGGCCCUGGGCACUGCCCGGUUGCAGCUGGUGGAGUUCUCAGCCUUUGUGGAACCACCGGAUGCAGUUGACUCUUACCAGAGGCACCUGUUCGUACACAUCAGCCAGCACUGCCCCAGCCCCGGCGCGCCCCCUCUCGAGAGCGUGGAUGUCCGGCAGAUCUAUGACAAGUUCCCGGAGAAGAAGGGCGGCCUGCGGGAGCUGUAUGACCGAGGCCCCCCUCACGCCUUCUUCCUGGUCAAGUUCUGGGCGGACCUGAACUGGGGCCCGAGUGGCGAGGAGGUGGGGGCCAGCGGCAGCAGCGGUGGCGGCGGUGGCGGCUUCUAUGGUGUGAGCAGCCAGUAUGAGAGUCUGGAGCACAUGACCCUCACCUGCUCCUCCAAGGUCUGCUCCUUCGGCAAGCAGGUGGUGGAGAAGGUGGAGACGGAGCGCGCCCAGCUGGAGGACGGGCGCUUCGUGUACCGCCUGCUGCGCUCACCCAUGUGCGAGUACCUGGUGAACUUCCUGCACAAGCUGCGGCAGCUGCCCGAGCGCUACAUGAUGAACAGUGUCCUGGAGAACUUCACCAUCCUCCAGGUGGUGACAAACAGAGACACCCAGGAGCUGCUCCUUUGUACUGCCUACGUCUUUGAGGUCUCCACCAGCGAGCGGGGGGCUCAGCACCACAUUUACCGCCUGGUCAGGGACUGAAGGGGGGCCCCAGAACUGGCUCACCCCUGGAAGACCCUCCAGCUCGCCACACGUCUUAUUUGGGAAGGGGGCUGUGGUGAAGGGGGACUGCUCGCCGUCAGAGGAGCUGAGUGAAGAAAGGGUCCAUCAGGCCUCACCAGAGUGUCUGGAAGGACCGCUCACCCUAGAGCACUGGGAACGGGAGACAGGAGUGAGACACCCCGAGGCACAGCAACUUGCCUCUCUGGCUCCUAUGGGUGCCCACUUCGUUCUGGAUGUUUUGGGGGCUCUUGUUAUACAUCGGCUUAUGCCCCCCUUGGUUUUUCAGCUCCUCCCUGUUCUGUCUCCCCCUACCACCUCCCCCUACCCCCAUCUGUGACCCUGAUAUUGAAGGUUAACCCUUUCUAUGCAGGAGCAGAGCCAGAUGGGCCCUGGAAAUAUUUUUUUUUAAUAUAACAAGAGAUAUUUAUAAGUGGGUGUUAGGGUUGUGACUUUUUCUCAGCUGGGCAUGGAGCAGGGUGAGGCUUUUCCAUCUCGUCUCUUCUCCCUGAGCCACUGGCUAGACUGUUGCUUCCCUCUCCCUCCCACAGAAUGUUGGUUUGUGUUCUGACAGAGGAUAAAGCUAUUUUACCAAAACACAGGGGAUUUAUUUGAGCUUGGGGUG